CUCAGCCGAGCCCAGGUAGCAGCAAGGCGCAACGAGAAGGGUCUCAACAUGUACCAGGAGGUCUGAAGGACGUCGAUGCAGCAGGUCCUGAGCAAAGCAAGAAGAGCGAUGGCGAAGAGCAUCAAAAUGAAACUGGAUCAAGUACCAUGGGGAGAAACUAUCAGGGUCAGGGAUCUUCCCCACCACCAAGAGGUGCGAAAAGUGAAGCAAAAAGUAAUCAUGUUGCUGCUGAAAACGAGAAGGUUGCGAUGGAACGUGUGCAGUCCUCGGCACGUUUUUCUGGGUCAGGACAAGAUGCGAAGAGGGGUACUACAACCCUCACAGCAUCGCCGACAGCGCAAAAAGCCCAGUCAUCGGGUAAAUAUGUCGACGCCGGAAAGUCUGAUGUACUACCAAUUAUGAGCAGUGGGACGACGACAAAUGCGAGUGGAGG